AGACGCGGCUGCGCAGUUCAAGGUAGCACUUGUUUUGUUUACAUCUCUCUCUUUUUCAUGUUGUCUACAUUCGGGCCGUCUGAGUCGAGUCAGGUAAAGGCUGCAAAUGAUGACCACACAGCCGGCCAGCCUGGAGAGCCUGCGUGUGCUUCACCACAGUGAUGACUUCAUAAUCGUGGACAAACACUGGGACAUCCGCAUUGACAGCAAGAUGUGGUACGAGAAGCUCACCGUGCAGGAGCAGCUUCGGCACCGCUUUCCUGAGCUGGCAGACCCCAGCACCUACUACGGCUUCAGGUUCUGUCAUCAGUUGGAUUUCUCCACAAGUGGUGCUCUCUGUGUCGCCCUCAACAAGGCUGCCGCUGGUCGGGCAUACCGCUGCUUUAAGGAUCGCACCGCCACCAAAGCCUACCUUGCCCUGGUUCGUGGAUGGGUGGAAGAAGAGACCCAAACUUUGGAAUUCCCCAUCGGCAAGAAUUCUUCAGAGGGGAAAACACACAUGAUGUGUAUCGAGGGAACAGAAGGUUGUGAGAAUCCAAAGCCUUGUCAGACUGAGCUGACCGUGUUGGAGCACGGGUUGUAUGAAGGAGACGCUGUGACCAAGGUGCUACUACAGCCACUCACAGGUCGAACUCACCAGUUACGGGUCCACUGCAGCGCAAUAGGCCACCCCAUUGUCGGGGACUUCACCUACAGCUUGGGGGCAGACGAAGCCCCCUACCGCAUGAUGCUACAUGCUCACCUCCUCCAAAUCCCCCUGGAACCUCAGCCCCUGCUCGUCUCUGCCGAAGACCCCUUUCUCCCCACCGUGGAUCCAAAGUGGCUGCCGCAGCGCGUGCUACGGGCACUGACGGCUACGGUGGAGGCGCUGCUGGAGCGAAGGAUGGAGGAAGAGAGGAAGAGGAGAGAGGAAGAAAGAGAGAGGGUGAGAAGAGUGGAGGAGAGGAGGAAAGGCGGCAGGAAACAAAGGACUAAGGAGGAGAGUGAGGAGCAGGAGAGGCAAUGCCAGGAGUGGCUGAGUGAAUGGGCUGGAGACUGAUGGACUUUAAUUUCUUUAAAUUAUGAAUUCAAUGUCUUCUUAUGAAAGUCAUCUUAAGCAUGCUUCAUCUCACUUAUCAGGACACAACUGCACGCUGCAUCGACUGGUUCACCUCUUUUUUGGAGGGGGUUGGAAAAAACAACCGUAGAAAAUAAACCCCCCAGAACACAGCUUCAAUCAGGGGCCAUGCUGGAGUAUUUGCAGACCAUCAAACUUGUUUUGGAAUAUUGAUUCCAUUUAUAUUCCAGGAGCAGCUUCUCCUCAAAAACAGAGGAUCAGUGUGAGAAGGGCAUGCCAGACAGAGACCAGCGAGAUUUGCUAGUCAGCUAUUUAUUUAUUAUCUAUUUGAAUAAACAAGCCAUGUCAAGAAAAUUGAAACUUGGAGGAAACACAUCGGACCAACUAUUAACAGCUGCCAAGAAUAUUUGCAGUCUAAGCCAUUGCUGACAGUCUAAGUCAAGCUAAUAUGUCAUAUGCAACCCUUGUUGCUGCGAAUCAUUGACACUGAAUAGAUAAUCGAUCUUUUUAUGCAAUUCAUACUGCAAAUAAAGGAUUCUACUGA